CAACGCUAUAACUAUUCAAAGUAUAUCCCGUUUAUCCACUUAUGAAACCCAUUAGAUUGCUAUUGGCGACUGUAAAGUCUUUCAGUCUGUCGUGUUCCCUCUCUAGCAUUCUUCUCCUAGGCUUGGCCUGGUGGGUCUCCUUUUACUACAACGAGGUGUUCUGGAUCAACCACCACUUGGCGACAAACUGCAGCUGGGAGGGUCUUCAGGACGCCACACCAUCCGAAUGGCACAACUUUGUGAUGAUAGCGGAUCCGCAGCUCAUAGACAACCACACAUACCCGGGACGGCCAGAGCCGUUACUCCAGAUCUCCAAGUUCACCACCGAUAGAUACUUAAAGAAGAACUACAGAGCGAUUGUAAAGCAGUUGCGUUCAACCAACCCGUCCGCUUCGUUCAACGAUAUCGUGUUCCUAGGAGACUACCUUGACAACGGGCGGUCGGCCUCGGACUCGUACUACAGCCACGAAUUGCAGAGGUUCCGUGACAUCUUCCAGUACGGCGGUUUGUUUGAUGUUGCCGGCAAAGACGCGUCAAAGAUCCACCUUGCAUUAGGGCUACCGGGAAACCACGACAUUGGCUGGGCCGAUGGCGUCAAGUCCCACGCAAUGGCCCGGUUUAAAGCAGACUUUGGCACGCCAAACUCGGUUAAAUCGCAUUCCUUGGGGGAUAAACGGCGUGUAGAGUUUGUCACCUUGGAUACCCUCUCUCUUUCCGCAAAGGCUCUGGAAAUCAACGGCGAGGCAAGAAAGUUUUUAGACACAUUUACUGUGAAACACGCAAGCGACGAAACGGUGCACCGGGUGCUCUUGACCCACGUUCCUUUGUAUCGGUCCAACGAUGAGGGCGUGUGUGGGGCAGACCGAGAAGCAAAACGAUUUCCGUUGGUCCAAGGGUACCAAUAUCAAACGGUCAUCGAUAACGAUUUGUCCCAGGAGAUCUUGCAGAAAGUCCAGCCAGAUUUGGUAUACAGUGGCGAUGAUCAUGAUUACUGUGAUGUCACUCACACCUAUCAGGUGAAAGGGAAGCAGCGAACCGCACGGGAGAUCACCGUCAAGUCAUUCAGCAUGGCCAUGGGGAUCAAAUAUCCGGCUUUCCAGAUGUUGUCUAUUCGGAAAAACGCAGGAGCUGAAUUUUAUAGAACCAAGAUGUGCUAUUUGCCUACGCCGUACAUGGAUAUACUUCAGUACGUGGUGCUUGCGGCUAUCUCCCUCCUUGUUAUUUUGUAUGGUCAUUUACGAAUGGGAGAGCUGUCUGGGUUCUUCAGCAUGCUUGCAAAAAACGUUCGGUACUCGGGUUUGCCGUUGCACACCGAGGCGUCUCCAAAACCGCGAAGCGAAGUGUUGAAGAGUGCGGCAAAGGAUUGUGUGUUACUCGGGGGAAUAGUGUGUGUAUCGUAUGCGUUUAUGAUUCUGAUCUGAGCCAUGGUCAUUGCUGAAUCUGUGCUACGAGCUUAGAGAAUUGGACGCUAAGACCAGUGUCUGACGUGGAAACCAAAUAAAGGUGGAAAAUAAUCAGCAUGAUAUAGAAAGUAUCAUAUUCCUUGGUACCUAGUGUCCUUUCUGAUUGCUAUUUAAACGAUAACAUUGUUUUAGUACUACACCGCUGGCUAGGGUUAUACAAACAUAACGUACGGCCUAAUUAGCGGUUGUAAGACUUAGGGUUGGUGAUACUGUAGUCAGGUCCAUAUCAAGGUUCAAUGAUGAAUUAAAAAAAAA